AUGGCGUAUCUGUCUGGCCCAGACCAGUCCUGUCUGCUGAGUAUGUGGUUGGUGUCAGCGGUGGGAUGAUGAUGAUGAGGAAGGCCAGCGCUAACUCACUGUUGUUCUCUCUCGUGUCACCAUACAGGAGGUCACGGCCACCAGCCGCCAUUAUGUUGACGGGCUGUUUCACCCCGACCCACAGAAAGUGCUGCAGGGAGUCAUGUAAGUACAUAAUAAUAACAUGACCUUGUGUUGUAGUAGCCUAUGUCUUCCUAUAGGAACAUUUAUAUUUGUCCUGUCUCUGUCCCUCUUUAGUGCUCUGGAGGGAGCUGUCUGUCAGUGAUUGGUUGUUUGAGUGCAAUAUGAGCAUGCCCAGUGUGAACUCAGUGAGAGCUGCUUGGACCACUUUGUUUACAUGUGGCUGUAAGACCUGUGUGUGUGUGAUCAGUUGGUCUGGUUCGUCUUUAUUUUUAACUCUGAGGCCCAGCUCUGGUUACAGUUUUAGGCGGCUGGCCGCAUCGCUACCUGACUGGUGCAGCUGUUCUUUUCCACUUGCCUCCACUAGCUCAUGGCUGUUUCAUUCCAUUAGCUACUAAUAUCUUUAUAUUACAUACAUUACAUUCUAUAGGGUCUCAUCAGUUGGCCAAACACAGUUAGAUUUCUGUACUCUGGAUAACAUUUCAUAUGUUAUAUUAUUGGCUUAUAUAAGUGGUGUGUGAUAUUCAGUAUUCUAUCCUCUCAAAGCAAUACGUUAACAAGCUUGAACAGCACUGAUGUUUCUCAGCUGCGCCUGUAGGCGUUAGCCCUAGUGUUUAGACUUGUUUAGCGUAGGUGAUAUGAUUUACACUGUGGAUGAACUCUGACAAGUGUUGUUGUUAUUGUGGCUGUUAGUAACAUGCUGAGGGAGCUCCACACAUAUGACACUGUGUGUGUGUGUGUUAACAGUGACAUGAAGAAUGCUGUCAUCGGAAACAACAAACAGAAAGCCAAUCUGAUUGUCCUGGGAGCUGUGCCCAGGUAUCUCGCUCUCUACCGUUUCCCUCCUACCUUCUUUCUCACCUCCCCUCUUUUCCCGCUUUCCCUGUCUUUAUUUUCUCUCUCACUGAGUAUGUCCCUCUUUCCCCCCAGGUUACUGUACCUGCUCCAGCAGGGCUCAUCUAGUUCAGAGCUGAGGACAGAGUGUGCGGUGGUGCUGGGCUCAGAGCUGAGGACAGAGUGUGCGGUGGUGCUGGGCUCAGAGCUGAGGACAGAGUGUGCGGUGGUGCUGGGCUCAGAGCUGAGGACAGAGUGUGCGGUGGUGCUGGGCUCAGAGCUGAGGACAGAGUGUGCGGUGGUGCUGGGCUCAGAGCUGAGGACAGAGUGUGCGGUGGUGCUGGGCUCAGAGCUGAGGACAGAGUGUGCGGUGGUGCUGGGCUCAGAGCUGAGGACAGAGUGUGCGGUGGUGCUUGGCAGUCUGGCCAUGGGCACCGAGAACAACAUCAAGUCCCUGGUGGACUGUCACAUCAUCCCUGCCCUGCUGCAAGGUACACACACACACACACACGCAAACACACUGCAAACACUAGGGAAGUGUCAGUGACUUAUGCUCUCUGUGUAUAUGCAGGUCUCGUAUGUCCAGACCUGAUCUUCAUCGAGGCUUGUCUACGCUGCCUAAGGACAGUCUUCAUCAGUCCAGUCACCCCAGUGCAGCUGCUCUACACUGUAAGGCUUAGUCACUCACUCUCUGACACACAGACCAUCCAUAGGGGUGGAACAUAAUAUUACAACAUGCUAUCUCCAUCACCCAUCUGAGCCGUGUGUUCUGAGCCGUGUGGACAGUAACAGUGUGUCUGUCUCCUUCAGGACCCCACUGUGAUUCCCCACCUCAUGUCCCUAAUGAGUCGGUCUCAGCGGACGCAGGAGUACAUCACCCAGAUCUUCUCCCACUGCUGCAAGGUCAGUACAGCAGUACACAUUUAAAACACUUCACAUUACAGAAAGUCACAGUAUUCUAAUAGAAGACAUGUUAAUGAGUCUGUCUGAGGAAUUACUCAGGUGUGUGUGUUCUGUAGACUCCAGAGCAUCAGACGGUUCUGUUUAACCACGGGGCCAUCCAGAACAUCGCUCCCAUGCUCAUCUCUCCCUCCUAUAAGGUACUGAAACAAUUACUCACCCAUGUCUCAGUUCUACCAUCUCACAGACUUAAGAUACCUCUGUAUUAACAUGUCUCACCCUCUCCCCCCUCUCUCACCCUCUCCCCCCCUCUCUCACCCUCUCUCACCCUCUCCCCCCUCUUAUUUCACUACCUUUCUUUCUUUUUCUCUCUCAUCCCAUACAGGUACGAAUGCAGGCAUUAAAAUGCUUCUCUGUCCUGGCCUACGAGAACACUCAGGUCUCCACGACACUGGUGAAUGGUAAGAGACUACUUUUCCCCCUUCUAUUUCUCUCUAUCCCUGCCUCCCUUUCUCUGCCUUUCUCUGACUCGUUCUCUCUCUUUCUCUCCUCUCUUUCUCUCUGUCCUUUCUUUUAUCUACAGUGGCUUGUGAAAGUAUUCACCCCCCUUGGCAUUUUUCCUAUUUUGUUGCCUUACAACCUGGAAUUUUGGGGGGUUUGUAUCAUUUGAUUUACACAACAUGCCUACUACUUUGAAGAUGCAAAAUACUUUUUAUUGUGAAACAAACAAGAAAUAAGACAAAAAAACAGAACUUGAGCGUGCAUAACUAUUCACACCCCCAAAGUCAAUUCUUUGUAGAGCCACCUUUUGCAGCAAUUACAUGUGCAAGUCUCUUGGGGUAUGUAUUCAAGGCAAAACUGCUCCAGCUCCUUCAAGUUGGAUGGGUUCCGUUGGUGUACAGCAAUCUUUAAGUCAUACCACAGAUUCUCAAUUGGAUUGAGGUCUGGGCUUUGACUAGGCCAUUCUAAGACAUUUAAAUGUUUCCCCUUAAACCACUCAAGUGUUGCUUUAGUAGUAUGCUUAGGGUCAUUGUCCUGCUUGAAGGUGAACCUCCGUCCCAGUCUCAAAUCUCUGGAAGAUUGAAACAGGUUUCCCUUAAGAAUUUCCCUGUAUUUAGUGCAAUCCAUCAUUCCUUCAAUUCUGACCAGUUUCCCAGUCCCUGCCGAUGGAAAAACAUCCCCACAGCAUGAUGCUGCCACCACCAUGCUUCACUGUGGGGAUGGUGUUCUCGGGGUGAUGAGAGGUGUUGGGUUUGUGCCAGACAUUUUCCUUGAUGGCCAAAAAGCUCAAUUUAAUAUCAUCUGACCAGAGUACCUUCUUCCAUAUGUUUGGGGAGUCUCCCACAUGCCUUUUGGCGAACACCAAACGUGUUUGCUUAUUUUUUCCUUUAAGCAAUGGCUUUUUUCUGGCCACUUUUCCAUAAAGCCCAGCUCUGUGGAGUGUACGGCUUAAAGUGGUCCUAUGGACAGAUACUCCAAUCUCCGCUGUGGAGCUUUGCAGCUCCUUCAGGGUUAUCUUUGGUCUCUUUGUUGCCUCUGAUUAAUGCCCUCCUUGCCUGGUCCGUGAGUUUUGGUGGGCGGCCCUCUCUUGGCAGGUUUGUUGUGGUGGGAUGUUCAAAGUUUCGGAUAUUCUUUUAUAACCCAACUCUGAUCUGUACUUCUCCACAACUUUGUCCCUGACCUGUUUGGAGAGCUCCUUGGUUUUCAUGGUGCCACUUGCUUGGUGGUGCCCCAUGCUUAGUGGUGUAUAUAUGAGAUCAUGUGACAUGUGACACUUAGAUGGCAUACAAGUGGACUUUAUUUAACUAAUUAUGUGACUUCUGAAGGUAAUCGGUUGCACCAGAUCUUAUUUAGGGACUUCAUAGCAAAGGGGGUGAAUACAUAUGUGCGCACCCCUUUUCCGUUAUUUAAUUUUGUAUAAUUUUUUUUAAACAAGUUAUUUUUUUUACUUCACCAAUUUGGACUAUUUUGUGUAAGUUUAUUACAUGAAAUCCAAAUAAAAAUCCAUUUAAAUUACAGGUUGUAAUGCAACAAAAUAGGAAAAACGCCAAGGGGGAUGAAUACUUUUGCAAGGCACUGUAUCUCUGUCUCCCUCUCUCUCUCUCGCUCUUUUAUUCUUGGCUGCUCUGAGACCUGACUGGGACAGCUUCCAGCUGUGUUCUUUACUCUGUGUCAGAGGUGUUCUAUUAUUGGCAUUACCUUGUUAUCAUCAUGGUAGCAGACAGGUUGUCAGAUGGUGAUAACAUAGUAUUAUGACACUACUAUACAAAUCUAUGUUCUCCUCUCUGUUCUCAGUGCUGGUGGAUGGGGAGCUGCUCUCUCAGGUAUUUGUCAGAAUGAUGCAAAGGGAUCGGCCCAUUGAAAUGCAGCUAACAGCAGCCAAGUGGUGAGUGUUUCACUUGACUAUUAAACUAAGUGUGCUGCAAUUGACCAAGUCGAUGUAAGUGCAAUUAGGUGUGUACCUGCGGACUGAAGUAAAGUGUCUGAAGUGUUUUCCUUUCUAAAGAUGACCUCUCUCUCUCUUUCUCUUCCUGCCUCGCUCUCUUUCUGUCCCCCCAGUCUAACGUACAUGUGUCGAGCGGGAGCCAUCAGGACAGAUGACAGGUGCAUUGUUUUAAAGGUGAUUAUACUAUUUUGCGUGUAACAUUGUGCACUCAUCUAAUGACUCAGUCUGAUACUGAUAUGUGUGUUGAGUCUAUGCUGCCUAUUGUGUGUGUAUAGUCUGGCCUGUGUGUGUGUAUAGUCUGGCCUGUGUGUGUGUGGACAUUUUAUUGGGAUGGAUCUUGUCCUAGAGGCAGAGCAGAGAGGUUUCCACUAGAUGGGCCAGCCGCAAAGUCAAAAUUGUCUAUAACAUAAAACAUUUAUGGAAACAAAAUGUAGCUUUUUGGUCAUCAUUUAAGGUUAGGGUUUGGCACAAGGUUAGCAGUGUGGUUAGGGUUAAAAUCAGAUGUUAUGACUUUGUGGCUGUGCCACCUAGUGACCAUCCUGCAGAGCUGCCUCCAGUACAUAAGGCAUCCCAACCUGUGUGUAUAACUCUGGUUCCAUCCCUGUCUGUAGACCCUGCCGUGCCUGGUGAGGAUGUGCAGUAAGGAGCGUCUGUUGGAGGAGCGUGUGGAGGGGGCAGAGACCCUGGCCUACCUGAUGGAGCCUGAUGUGGAGCUGCAGAGGAUCGCCAGUGUAACAGACCACCUAGUGGCCAUGCUGGCUGACUACUUCAAAUACCCCAGCUCUGUCAGCGCCAUCACUGACAUCAAGAGGGUGAGACACUGGACUAUAGUCAUUGAACCUAGCCAGGCAGUCUUACAAGGCAGAGAAAACAGUGACCAUCAGGAAAACACUGAAACUGUGGUGAGAAAAGAACACCACAGUCCUUACUUUGGAAAAAAACCUCUAACUCUUUAACCUCAAUAAAUGUUAACCUAAUAUUUAAUUUCGUUUUUUUUCUGUAGUUGGAUCACGACCUGAAGCACGCUCAUGAGCUGAGGCAAGCUGCCUUCAAGCUGUACGCCUCACUGGGCUCCAACGAUGAAGACAUCCGCAAGAAGGUGACUUUCACUCAACAGUACACACACACCCCUACCCAGCCACUUUUAGAAGUGUGUGUCCUUCUUGUAACCCCCCCCCCCCCCCCCCCCCCUCCUGUUUCUCCCUCCUCAGAUCACAGAGACAGAGAACAUGAUGGACAGGAUAGUGAGUGGCUUAUCAGAAUCCAGCGUCAAGGUGCGGCUAGCAGCCGUCAGGUACAGAUAACAGAUAACAUCUCUACCUCUCUCUACUCUGCUCUCCACUGAGGGUGCUGUGACAUCCUUAGUGUCCUGUCACAUUCUGUUCCCCUCUUUUUAUAUAUAUAAAAAAGCCAGACUACGGUUUGCAACUGCACAUGGGGACAAAGAUCGUACUUUUUGCUAUACAACCAAAUAAUUAUUUAGUACAAGAAUCGACCAGGGUCCAGUUGACCAAUAGAUUCAUAGAAUUUGUAUAUUAAAACUUCUGUUCCCCUCUUAGCCUAUGAAGAUCUCCUUGUACCUAAGACAUCUGACUCUUCCUAUAUGUCUAUGUCUCUCUCUGUGUCCAGGUGUCUUCACAGUCUGUCCCGGUCAGUCCAGCAGUUGAGGACUAGUUUUCAUGACCACGCAGUAUGGAAACCCCUUAUGAAGGUCUGUGCCCUCGUAUUACCCUCUAUAUCUCUUUAUAGUCACAUUGUGUUUGUGUAAGCUGCAUAGGAAAUGGCCAAUAUGUGGGGAUAUUAAUAAGACAAUAUGUGGGGAUAUUAAUAAGACAAUAUGUGGGGAUAUUAAUAAGACAAUAUGUGGGGAUAUUAAUAAGACUGUCUGUACUCUUCUCUCUCUGUUUGUGUAGUUGUUACAGAAUGCUCCAGACGAGGUGCUGGUCAUGGCCUCUUCUACACUAUGCAACCUGCUGCUGGAGUUCUCCCCCAGCAAAGAGGUAAAACAGGCAGCAAUACAACACUACUACUGUUACCUAGGCAACAAUACAACACUACUACUGUUACCUAGUGGCAGGCAGCAAUACAACACAACUACUGUUACCUAGGCAGCAGUACAACACUACUACUGUUACCUAGUGGCAGCAAUACAACAUUACUACUGUUACCUAGGCAGCAAUACAACACUACUACUGUUACCUAGGCAGCAAUACAACACUACUACUGUUACCUAGGCAGCAAUACAACACUACUACUGUUACCUAGGGCAGCAAUACAACACUACUACUGUUACCUAGGCAGCAAUACAACACUACUACUGUUACCUAGGCAGCAAUACAACACUACUACUGUUACCUAGGCAGCAAUACACCACUACUACUGUUACCUAGGCAGCAAUACACCACUACUACUGUUACCUAGGCAGCAAUACAACACUACUACUGUUACCUAGGCAGCAAUACAACACUACUACUGUUACCUAGUGGCAGCAAUACAACACUACUACUGUUACCUAGUGGCAGCAAUACAACACUACUACUGUUACCUAGUGGCAGCAAUACAACACUACUACUGUUACCUAGUGGCAGCAAUACAACAUUACUACUGUUACCUAGGCAGCAAUACAACACUACUAUUGUUACCUAGGCAGCAAUACAACACUACUACUGUUACCUAGGCAGCAAUACAACACUACUACUGUUACCUAGUGGCAGGCAGCAAUACAACACUACUACUGUUACCUAGUGGCAGGCAGCAAUACAACACUACUACUGUUACCUAGUGGAUGGCAGCAAUACAAUACUACUACUGAUACCUAGACAGCAAUACAAUACUACUACUGUUACCUAGUGGCAGGCAGCAAUACAACACUACUACUGUUACCUAGGCAGCAAUACAACACUACUACUGUUACCUAGGCAGCAAUACAACACUACUACUGUUACCUAGGCAGCAAUACACCACUACUACUGUUACCUAGGCAGCAAUACACCACUACUACUGUUACCUAGGCAGCAAUACAACACUACUACUGUUACCUAGUGGCAGCAAUACAACACUACUACUGUUACCUAGGCAGCAAUACAACACUACUACUGUUACCUAGUGGCAGCAAUACAACACUACUACUGUUACCUAGUGGCAGCAAUACAACACUACUACUGUUACCUAGUGGCAGGCAGCAAUACAACACUACUACUCUUACCUAGGCAGCAGUACAACACUACUACUGUUACCUAGGUAGCAAUACAACACUACUACUGUUACCUAGUGGCAGGCAGCAAUACAACACUACCACUGUUACCUAGGCAGCAAUACAAAACUACUACUGUUACCUAGUGGCAGCAAUACAACACUACUACUGUUACCUAGUGGCAGGCAGCAAUACAACACUACUACUGUUACCUAGGCAACAAUACAACACUACUGUUACCUAGUGGCAGGCAACAAUACAACACUACUACUGUUACCUAGUGGCAGGCAACAAUACAACACUACUACUGUUACCUAGUGGCAGGCAGCAAUACAACACUACUACUGUUACCUAGUGGCAGGCAGCAAUACAACACUACUACUGUUACCUAGUGGAUGGCAGCAAUACAAUACUACUACUGUUACCUAGACAGCAAUACAACACUACUACUGUUACCUAGUGGCAGGCAGCAAUACAACACUACUACUGUUACCUAGGCAGCAAUACAACACUACUAAUGUUACCUAGUGGCAGGCAGCAAUACAACACUACUACUGUUACCUAGGCAGCAAUACAACACUACUACUGUUACCUAGUGGCAGGCAGCAAUACAACACUACUACUGUUACCUAGUGGCAGGCAGCAAUACAACACUACUACUGUUAACUAGGCAACAAUACAACACUACUACUGUUACCUAGUGGCAGGCAGCAAUACAACACUACUACUGUUACCUAGGCAGCAAUACAACACUACUACUGUUACCUAGUGGCAGGCAGCAAUACAACACUACUACUGUUACCUAGUGGCAGGCAGCAAUACAACACUACUACUGUUACCUAGUGGAUGGCAGCAAUACAACACUACUGAUACCUACAGCAUACAACUACUACUGUUACCUAGUGGCAGGCAGCAAUACAACACUACUACUGUUACCUAGGCAGCAAUACAACACUACUACUGUUACUAGGCAGCAAUACAAACUACUACUGUUACCUAGGCACAAUUACACACUACUACUGUUACCUAGGCGCAAUAACACCACUACUACUGUACCUAGGCAGGCAAUAACACUACUAACUGUUUCCUAGUGGCAGCAAUACAACACUAACUACUGUUACCUAGGCAGCAAUACAAACACUACUACUGUUACCUAGUGGCAGCAUACAACACUACUACUGUUACCUUGGCAGCAAUACACACUAUCUGGUUUACCCUAGUGGCAGGCAGCAAUAGCAACAUACUACUCUACCUAGGCAGCAGUACAACACUACUUACUGUUACCUAGGUAGCAAUAGACACUACUACUGUUACCUAGUGCAGGCAGCAUCCAACACUAUCACUGUUACCUAGGCAGCAUACCAAACUACUACUGUUACCUAGUGGCAGCAACACACUACUACGUUACCUAGUGGCAGGCAGCAAUACAACCUACUACUGUUACUAGGCACAAUCAACACUACUGUUACCUAGUGUGCAGGCAACACACACACUACUACUGUUACCCUAGUGGCAGGCAACAAUAAACACUACUACUGUUACCUAGUGGCAGGCAGCAUACACACUACUACUGUUACCUUGGCAGGCAGCAAUACAACACUACUACUGUUACCUAGUGGUGCAGCAAUACAAUACUACUACUGUUACCUGACAGCAAUACACACUACUACUGUUACCUAGUGGCAGGCAGCAUACAACACUACUUGUUACCUAGGCGCAAUACAACACUACUAAUGUUACCUAGGCAGGGCAAUUACAACACUACUACUGUUACCUAGGCAGCAAUACAACACUACUACUGUUACCUAGUGGCAGGCAGCAAUACAACACUACUACUGUUACCUAGUGGCAGGCAGCAAUACAACACUACUACUGUUAACUAGGCAACAAUACAACACUACUACUGUUACCUAGUGGCAGGCAACAAUACAACACUACUACUGUUACCUGUGGCAGGCGCAACAGAACUACUAUGUUACCUAGUGGCAGCACAAUACAACACACUACUGUUACUAGUGGAUGGCAGCAAUACAAUACUACUACUGGUUCCUAGACAGCAAUACAACUACUAUGUUAAUUCUAUGCAGGCAAUACAACACACACGUUAUAGGCAGCAAUACAAACUACUACUGUACCUAGUGGCAGGCAGCAAUACAACACUUACUACUGUUACCUAGUGGCAGGCAGCAAUACAACACUACUACUGUUACCUAGUGGCAGGCAGCAAUACAAACACUACUACUGUUACCUAGUGGCAGGCAAACAAUACAACACUACUACUGUUACCUAGUGGCAGGCAGCAAUACAACACUACUACUGUUACCUAGUGGCAGGCAGCAAUACAACACUACUACUGUUACCUAGUGGAUGGCAGCAAUACAAUACUACUACUGUUACCUAGACAGCAAUACAACACUACUACUGUUACCUAGUGUCAGGCAGCAAUACAACACUACUACUGUUACCUAGUGGCAGGCAGCAAUACAACACUACUACUGUUACCUAGGCAGCAAUACAACACUACUACUGUUACCUAGUGGCAGGCAGCAAUACAACACUACUACUGUUACCUAGUGGCAGGCAGCAAUACAACACUACUACUGUUAACUAGGCAACAAUACAACACUACUACUGUUACCUAGUGGCAGGCAGCAAUCAACACUACUACUGUUACCUAGGCAGCAAUACAACACUACUACUGUUACCUAGUGGCAGGCAGCAAUACAACACUACUACUGUUACCUAGUGGCAGGCAGCAAUACAACACUACUACUGUUACCUAGUGGCAGGCAGCAAUACAACACUACUACUGUUACCUAGUGGCAGGCAGCAAUACAACACUACUACUGUUACCUAGGCAGCAAUACAACACUACUACUGUUACAGUGGGGAAAAAAAGUAUUUAGUCAGCCACCAAUUGUGCAAGUUCUCCCACUUAAAAAGAUGAGAGGCCUGUAAUUUUCAUCAUAGGUACACGUCAACUAUGACAGACAAAAUGAGAAAAAAAAUCCUGAAAAUCACAUUGUAGGAUUUUUUAAUGAAAUUUAUUUGCAAAUUAUGGUGGAAAAUAAGUAUUUGGUCAAUAACAAAAGUUUCUCAAUACUUUGUUUAUACCCUUUGUUGGCAAUGACACAGGUCAAACGUUUCUGUAAGUCUUCACAAGGUUUUCACACACUGUUGCUGGUAUUUUGGCCCAUUCCUCCAUGCAGAUCUCCUCUAGAACUGUGAUGUUUUGGGGCUGUCGCUGGGCAACACGGACUUUCAACUCCCUCCAAAGAUUUUCUAUGGGGUUGAGAUCUGGAGACUGGCUAGGCCACUCCAGGACCUUGAAAUGCUUCUUACGAAGCCACUCCUUCGUUGCCCGGGCGGUGUGUUUGGGAUCAUUGUUAUGCUGAAAGACCCAGCCACAUUUCAUCUUCAAUGCCCUUGCUGAUGGAAGGAGGCUUUCACUCAAAAUCUCACGAUACAUGGCCCCAUUCAUUCUUUCCUUUACACGGAUCAGUCGUCCUGGUCCCUUUGCAGAAAAACAGCCCCAAAGCAUGAUGUUUCCACCCCCAUGCUUCACAGUAGGUAUGGUGUUCUUUGGAUGCAACUCAGCAUUCUUUGUCCUCCAAACACGACGAGUUGAGUUUUUACCAAAAAGUUAUAUUUUGGUUUCAUCUGACCAUAUGACAUUCUUUAAUCCUCUUCUGGAUCAUCCAAAUGCACUCUAGCAAACUUCAGACGGGCCUGGACAUGUACUGGCUUAAGCAGGGGGACACGUCUGGCACUGCAGGAUUUGAGUCCCUGGCGGCGUAGUGUGUUACUGAUGGUAGGCUUUGUUACUUUGGUCCCAGCUCUCUGCAGGUCAUUCACUAGGUCCCCCCGUGUGGUUCUGGGAUUUUUGCUCACCAUUCUUGUGAUCAUUUUGAUCCCACAGGGUGAGAUCUUGCGUGGAGCCCCAGAUCGAGGGAGAUUAUCAGUGGUCUUGUAUGUCUUCCAUUUCCUAAUAAUUGCUCCCACAGUUGAUUUCUUCAAACCAAGCUGCUUACCUAUUGCAUAUUCAGUCUUCCCAGCCUGGUGCAGGUCUACAAUUUUGUUUCUGGUGUCCUUUGACAGCUCUUUGCCUUGGCCAUAGUGGAGUUUGGAGUGUGACUGUUUGAGGUUGUGGAAAGGUGUCUUUUAUACUGAUAACAAGUUCAAACAGGUGCCAUUAAUACAGGUAACGAGUGGAGGACAGAGGAGCCUCUUAAAGAAGAAGUUACAGGUCUGUGAGAGCCAGAAAUCUUGCUUGUUUGUAGGUGACCAAAUACUUAUUUUCCACCAUAAUUUGCAAAUAAAUUCAUUAAAAAUCCUACAAUGUGAUUUUCUGGAUUUAUUUUUCUCAUUUUGUCUGUCAUAGUUGACGUGUACCUAUGAUGAAAAUUACAGGCCUCUCAUCUUUUUAAGUGGGAGAACUUGCACAAUUGGUGGCUGACUAAAUACUUUUUUCCCCCACUGUACCUAGUGGCAGGCAGCAAUACAACACUACUACUGUUACCUAGUGGCAGCAAUACAACACUACUACUGUUACCUAGUGGCAGGCAGCAAUACAACACUACUACUGUUACCUAGGCAGCAAUACAACACUACUACUGUUACCUAUUGGCAGGCAGCAAUACAACACUACUACUGUUACCUAGUGGCAGGCAGCAAUACCACACUACUACUGUUACCUAGGCAGCAAUACAACACUACUACUGUUACCUAGGCAGCAAUACAACACUACUACUGUUACCUAGUGGCAGGCAGCAAUACAACACUACUACUGUUACCUAGUGGCAGGCAGCAAUACAACACUACUACUGUUACCUAGGCAGCAAUACAACACUACUACUGUUACCUAGUGGCAGGCAGCAAUACAACACUACUACUGUUACCUAGUGGCAGGCAGCAAUACAACACUACUACUGUUACCUAGUGGCAGGCAGCAAUACAACACUACUACUGUUACCUAGUGGCAGGCAGCAAUACAACACUACUACUGUUACCUAGUGGCAGGCAGCAAUACAAUACUACUACUGUUACCUAGUGGCAGGCAGCAGUACAACACUACUACUGUUACCUAGUGGCAGGCAGCAAUACAACACUACUACUGUUACCUAGUGGCAGCAAUACAACACUACUACUGUUACCUAGUGGCAGGCAGCAAUACAACACUACUACUGUUACCUAGUGGCAGGCAGCAAUACAACACUACUACUGUUACCUAGACAGCUACUUGAUUGGUAGACAAACUCAACUCUGUAAAGUUGUGAUAUGACAUUUUUUUGCAUGAAGUUUUAGGACUAAAUAUUAGCUGUCAGGUUGUGUAUUUGCUGUUUAUCUUGACCAGUGGGAGUAAGUACAUGUGUUUUGUGUAUGCCUGCAGCCCAUCCUGGAGUCAGGGGUGAUAGAGUUACUAUGCAGUCUGACCCAGAGUGACAGUCCAGCCCUGAGGGUCAACGGCAUCUGGGCUCUCAUGGUGAGUCCCCACUUUACCCCUCUCUGUCUUGCUCUGCUCUCCCUCUUUACCUCUACAAAAGGUUGCAUAACCAAAGUUCCCAGGUUUUUCAGCAAUCUUGGCUGGAGGAUUCUCAGAAUCAUCAGAGAAUAAGCAGGGAGGAAACCCUUCAACUGACAAUCUUCCAACCAGAACUUGUAGUUUCUGUAAUUUUGCAACCCUAGUUUAGAAGGUGUCUGUCUAACCUACACCAUCUUUUUUUGUGUGUGUAUGUACAGUGGGGAAAAAAAGUAUUUAGUCAGCCACCAAUUGUGCAAGUUCUCCCACUUAAAAAGAUGAGAGAGGCCUGUAAUUUUCAUCAUAGGUACACGUCAACUAUGACAGACAAAAUGAGGAAAAAAAAUCCAGAAAAUCACAUUGUAGGAUUUUUUAUGAAUUUAUUUGCAAAUUAUGGUGGAAAAUAAGUAUUUGGUCAAUAACAAAAGUUUCUCAAUACUUUGUUAUAUACCCUUUGUUGGCAAUGACACAGGUCAAACAUUUUCUGUAAGUCUUCACAAGGUUUUCACACACUGUUGCUGGUAUUUUGGCCCAUUCCUCCAUGCAGAUCUCCUCUAGAGCAGUGAUGUUUUGGGGCUGUCGCUGGGCAACACGGACUUUCAACUCCCUCCAAAGAUUUUCUAUGGGGUUGAGAUCUGGAGACUGGCUAGGCCACUCCAGGACCUUGAAAUGCUUCUUACGAAGCCACUCCUUCGUUGCCCGGGCGGUGUGUUUGGGAUCAUUGUCAUGCUGAAAGACCCAGCCACGUUUCAUCUUCAAUGCCCUUGCUGAUGGAAGGAGGUUUUCACUCAAAAUCUCACGAUACAUGGCCCCAUUCAUUCUUUCCUUUACACGGAACAGUCGUCCUGGUCCCUUUGCAGAAAAACAGCCCCAAAGCAUGAUGUUUCCACCCACAUGCUUCACAGUAGGUAUGGUGUUCUUUGGAUGCAACUCAGCAUUCUUUGUCCUCCAAACACGACGAGUUGAGUUUUUACCAAAAAGUUAUAUUUUGGUUUCAUCUGACCAUAUGACAUUCUCCCAAUCCUCUUCUGGAUCAUCAAAAUGCACUCUAGCAAACUUCAGACGGGCCUGGACAUGUACUGGCUUAUGCAGGGGGACACGUCUGGCACUGCAGGAUUUGAGUCCCUGGCGGCGUAGUGUGUUACUGACGGUAGGCUUUGUUGCUUUGGUCCCAGCUCUCUGCAGGUCAUUCACUAGGUCCCCCUGUGUGGUUCUGGGAUUUUUGCUCACCAUUCUUGUGAUCAUUUUGAUCCCACAGGGUGAGAUCUUGCGUGGAGCCCCAGAUCGAGGGAGAUUAUCAGUGGUCUUGUAUGUCUUCCAUUUCCUAAUAAUUGCUCCCACAGUUGAUUUCUUCAAACCAAGCUGCUUACCUAUUGCAGAUUCAGUCUUCCCAGCCUGGUGCAGGUCUACAAUUUUGUUUCUGGUGUCCUUUGACAGCUCUUUGCCUUGGCCAUAGUGGAGUUUGUAGUGUGACUGUUUGAGGUUGUGGACAGGUGUCUUUUAUACUGAUAACAAGUUCAAACAGGUGCCAUUAAUACAGGUAACGAGUGGAGGACAGAGGAGCCUCUUAAAGAAGAAGUUAAAGGUCUGUGAGAGCCAGAAAUCUUGCUUGUUUGUAGGUGACCAAAUACUUAUUUUCCACCAUAAUUUGCAAAUAAAUUCAUUAAAAAUCCUACAAUGUGAUUUUCUGGAUUUUUUUUCUCAAUUUGUCUGUCAUAGUUGACGUGUACCUAUGAUGAAAAUUACAGGCCUCUCAUCUUUUUAAGUGGGAGAACUUGCACAAUUGGUGGCUGACUAAAUACUUUUUACCCCACUGUAUGUAUAGAACAUGGCAUUCCAGGCAGACCAGAAGGUGAAGGGGGAGAUUAUGAGAGCUUUGGGGACGGAGCAGCUCUUCCGUCUGCUCUCUGACCCGGACACUAACGUCCUGAUGAAGACCUUGGGCCUGCUACGGAACCUGCUCUCCACACGACCUGUAAGAAAGACAGACAGACAGACACCGCUCUCCACACAACCUGUAAGACAGACAGACAGACAGACACAGCUUUCCACAUGCCUUUAAAGACAAACACUCUCUCUCUCUCUCUCUCUCUCUCUCUCUCUCGCUCUCGCUCUCGCUCUCUCUCUCUCUCUCCCCCUCUCUCUCAGCACAUAGACCAGAUCAUGAGUUCCCAUGGGAAGCAGAUCAUGCAGGCGGUCACUCUGAUCCUGGAGGGGGAACACAGCAUCGAGGUCAAGGAGCAGGUAGGACCCCCUCAACAUACUGUAGGUCAAGGAUCAGGUAGGACCCCCUCAACAUACUGUAGGUCAAGGAUCAGGUAGGACCCCCUCAACAUACUGUAGGUCAAGGUCAGGUAGGACCCCCUCAACAUACUGUAGGUCAAGGAUCAGGUAGGACCCCCUCAACAUACUGUAGGUCAAGGGUCAGGUAGGACCCCCCUCAACAUACUGUAGGUCAAGGAUCAGGUAGGACCCAUUCAACAUACUGUAGGUCAAGGAUCAGGUAGGACCCCCUCAUCAUACUGUAGGUCAAGGAUCAGGUAGGAACCCCUCAACAUACUGUAGGUCAAGGAUCAGGUAGGACCCCCUCAUCAUACUGUAGGUCAAGGAUCAGGUAGGACCCCCUCAACAUACUGUAGGUCAAGGAUCAGGUAGGACCCCCUCAACAUACUGUAGGUCAAGGAUCAGGUAGGACCCAUUCAACAUACUGUAGGUCAAGGAUCAGGUAGGACCCCCUCAACAUACUGUAGGUCAAGGAUCAGGUAGGAACCCCUCAUCAUACUGUAGGUCAAGGAUCAGGUAGGACCCCCUCAACAUACUGUAGGUCAAGGAUCAGGUAGGACCCCCUCAACAUAAUGCAGGUCAAGGAUCAGGUAGGAACCCCUCAUCAUACUGUAGGUCAAGGAUCAGGUAGGAACCCCUCAUCAUACUGUAGGUCAAGGAUCAGGUAGGAACCCCUCAUCAUACUGUAGGUCAAGGAUCAGGUAGGACCCCCUCAACAUAGUGUAGGUCAAGGAUCAGGUAGGACCCAUUCAACAUACUGGCGGCAGGUAGCUUAGUGGGUAAGAGCAUUGUGCCAGUAACCGAAAGGUCGCUGGUUCUAAUCCCCGAGCCGACUAGGUGAAAAAUCUGUCGAUGUGCCCUUGAGCAAGGCACUUAACCCUAAUUGCUCCUGUAAGUCGCUCUGGAUAAGAGCGUCUGCUAAAUAAAAAAAAUAUAAAUAUAUAUAAAUAUAUACUGUUGGUCAAGGAUCAGGUAGGACCCCCUCAACAUACUGUAGGUCAAGGAUCAGUUAGGACCCCCUCAUCAUACUGUUGGUCAAGGAUCAGGUAGGACCCCCUCAACAUACUGUUGGUCAAGGAUCAGGUAGGACCCCCUCAUCAUACUGUUGGUCAAGGAUCAGGUAGGACCCCCUCAUCAUACUGUAGGUCAAGGAUCAGUUAGGACCCCCUCAUCAUACUGUAGGUCAGAACACCAGUGUCACUGUGGUCGUGUUCCCCUGCUCAGACGUUGCAUGCAUCAACCAAUGGUUGCGUGGCAUGUCAUCGACUGUGCCGUUGGACACCAGAUUGCUGUAACAUAUGAUGUGGUUAGCUAAGACCUAUCCAGGUGUUGUAAGCUCUGGCAUGCAUCAGCAAUGCCUGGGCAGGGGAACACAACCUUUAACUGCUCUCUCUGUGUUUCAGACACUCUGCAUCCUAGCCAACAUCGCUGAUGGCAACACAGCCAAGGAACUCAUCAUGACCAAUGACGACAUCCUCCAGAAAAUAAAAUAUUACAUGGUAGAGUCUUUUCCCUCCGUGAGCCACUGUAGCUAUACUUAAUAGUAAAAGAUAGGUUUGUUCUCAAGUUCACUGAACUCUGUUGCCAACCUUGAUAUUUGCAUGUAUCCACGUGGGGUAAUGUUUAUUUGGAACUAGUUUGACCGUCUCUCUUUACAUAUAUGAUUGACACAGCUAAACCAAAUACUGAGAACAUGUUUCUGUGAUGUCCUCUCAGGGUCACUCUAAUGUGAAGCUCCAGCUGGCGGCAACAUUCUGUAUCUCCAACCUGAUCUGGAACGAGGAGGACGGUGAGGCCGACGCCAUGACAGGUUGUUACAUGCUGGGGGGACUGCCUGGGUGGGAACAGGGAAUAGAUGUACAAACUUAGUGUUGGCUAGGAAAGGGCUAGUGGUUUUGUGGAUGUAGUGGUAAAAAUUGUGGAUAAAGUUCAUCAAAACCUGAAUGCCAGUGGAGAUUAAGCACGGUGAGUAACAUACACUAAUAUAUUAACGCUCCACUACAGACCUGGUUUUCAUCUGUGAUUCGACUCAACAUUCCACCAGCUCCGUUGUUAUGUAAUGUUUAAUGUUUUACUGUUGGACUUGGUCUCUGCCUCCGGCUCCAACAUCAUCCUCUCUAACCUUCCUAUGUCGGUGUCUCUGUUCUCAGGCUCCCAGGAGCGUCAGGACAAGCUGAGGGAGUUGGGCUUUGUAGACAUUCUGCACAAACUCACCCAGGCCUCAGACCCCAACCUCUGUGAAAGGUGUGCGACACACACACACGCGCUCAUUAUAUUGUAGGAUAGUAUACUGACUCUCUCCGUCUCUCUCAGGGCGAAAACAGCGAUGCAGCAGUAUCUGGCGUGA